GCCGACCGGUCCUGGCCAGGAGGGCAGUCAGAAGCCGCGAUGAAGCCGACGCUGCUGCUGGUGCGGCUGCUCGCCCCGGACAAACACGGGGAAGGCGCGAGAUAGAAAUUCAAGACGAUGAGCAAAACGAGAACAAGGUGAAAGCAGGAGCCAACGUUUCGACAAGUUCACUUGUCUUCCUCAAGAUGCUGCUGGUUGUUGGCGACCCUGGAGGGAGGGAGGUCCUCCGAGGCCCCACGAAACCUCUUGUCAAGAACUACUUCACAACUGACAGGACGAAAGUGGUGCUGACGUGUGAGCCGGAGCGGUUCUUGGUGCGCAUCAACUUCACGCAGCCCUUCCGGGGCGUGGUGCACGCUGGCGACAAGCGCGACAACUGCCGCAUCCGGGGAGACGGCUCGCGGCUUUACACGCUCCCUGUGCCCCUCAACGACUGCAGCACAAUGCACAACGACGCGACGGGAAGCUUCACGAACAGCCUAACAAUCCGGUUUCAUCCGUCGCUGGAGCUCGAAGGGGACGAGAUUAAGACUCUUGUCUGUAAAUUCACCACAGGCGACGUGAACCUGGGAUGACGGCCAACGUGGGCGGGCAGGUUCCAGCAUUCGGAGCACGUGAAUACCCGGCACAAGACCACGGAGUUAAAAUGGAUCACGACGGUCAAGAGUGUCUGCCAUGUACGGACACGAGGACAGCUAUCGGGACUCUUCGCCAUAGUUGUCCUCUUCGGGCCCUAAGCCUGUUGAGCCUCGCCUGCCAUUGAGUUACUAUAACCAAUUCUAGGCCAAAAGCUCCCCAUGGUGCCCAUGCAUAGGUAGCCGCAAGGGCACUGCUGUGUUGGUAGUCUGUGCGAAGAAAAUUGAUUCAGACGACAUGCGCCAUCCCGACCCUUUCCCACUAUGAUGACACCAUCUGAUAACGUAAAACUAUUCCAAUUUGUUCUUAUUCCAAUGUUCUGAUGUCAAACUUACGUAACUGCCGACGCAAGCAUCGAGCGGUCAACCACAGCGAAUGCUCUCCUUCUAUAUAAGAGGUCACUUUUGUUUACUUUCAACACGAGUAACAUUACCUACAUCGGGCGGCUUUUCUUAUGUAAUUGUCUGACAGUAGGCGAGGAGUACGCUCAAGUGGUGAGGAUUUCGAUGAGCCCGAGCUAGAGCAGUGAAAACAGAUAACUGGGCAAACAGGGUGGUGCGGGUGUCUGUGAUUGGUCCCCUUUCCCUUACUUAGGUUGCGGUGGCUGGUCGAAAAUCGCGGCGGCGUGCAACGGAAGGUUAGGAAUGCCGCUGAAGCAGAUCCUCAGCAUAGAAGAGUUGGCAGAGUGAUGUACUAUGCGUACCGAAAGGGUUCUAAGGUAAUACUGCCCUGCAAAAAGUUCAUUAAACGCAAAUAAUUGCAUCCCCUCCGGCAGGUGCGCAUAGCCAGUGGCCGAGUGAUCGGCGGGCAGUCAUCUUCUAUUCCUUUCGGAACGCAGAAGUCUCAGGCUAUCCAGAAAAGAAAUCAGUUUUCUUCGGCAUAACAGUGCAUCUUUAAGGGGUACCCGUCACUUUGACGUGGUGAGCUUUCGCGAUUUUGUGACGUCGCGAGACAGACAGGUGAAGUGGGUGCAGUGCGAAAACUUUUGACAAAUAGUUGAUGGCUAAUGGCGAAAACGCGUCGAUGCAGAAAUAAUCACUUUCUUUUGUUCUGUCGAAUCAUGCAUAAUCUGUGCGUACACGUCCUAUCAGAUAGAGAGCUAUCGCGGUUUACGUGACGUCGCAUGACAGGCGAUGUGGGGUUGGUAUGGUAUGGUACGACUACCUUUAUUUGGUCCUGAAGGUCAACCCUAGGUUGACGCGGGCCGCUUCCACGUUGGGACUGUCAGGCCGAGCCCUUUAGCCACAUCGUGGGCCUUCUGGGCUGCCCGUAAUUGGUCAGAGAGUGAUUCACUGUGUAACAUUUGCCGCAACCAUUCUUGUUCCUUGUCACAGUCAGUGAAGACCGCGGGGCACUGCCAAAGCAUGUGGCCAAGAGUAAUGAAGUCAUUGCGCUUACUACAGUUGGUUUGAGUUUCCCUCUCUGGAUAGAUCCUGUUAAUGAAAUCUGGACUCGGGUAUGGUCCUGUCUGUAGCAAACGUGAUGUGACCGCUUGUGCUCCGCAAAGCUUACCGUUUGGCAAUGGGUAUUCCCUUCUGCUUAAAUAAUAGUGCUUCGUGAUUUCGUUAUAUAUCAAUAAUCGAUCCCUGUGUUCCCCGGGUGAAGCGUAAGUUGCUCGGUUUUGAAGAGCACGGCUAGAAAGUGCUCGUGCUGCUUCAUUUGCCACCUCAUUGAGGUUUCUCCGAGCUCCGUCCCCCACCACCGGAUGUGCAGGAAACCAGCGGAUUACAAUCCUCUCACUGUUGACCUUCUCUAGUAAUCUUGUUGCUAUCCGUGUCACAUAUCCGUUAGUAAAGUUGGGUGUGGCUGUUCUAGAGCCGCUGUAAAUAUGUUCCCACCGAUUAGCCCGGAUGGCUAAGGCGACUGCUAUUUGUUCUGCUACUGUUGGGUCCUUGGUAUAGACGGUGAUGGCAUCCCGUAUCUUACCUUGAGUGUCUACAACAACGGAGGUAUACGCAUCCUUAUUUUUAACCCAGGCAGCGUCAACGAACACCGUCUACUGCUUAUGUUGAUCUAUGUCAUGAAGGAGUGCCUUCACCCUUGCCUUCCGUCUCUCGAGGUUAUAUGUCGGGUUCAUGUUCCUAGGUAACGGGGUCGUCUUUAUUGCUUCUCGUAGUCCCGCUUGCAAUUCUGUUAAUAAUUCUUCUUCGUUGGUGUGGUUGUUAAUUUCUACGCCAAUUUCUUCAAGUAGCGCCCUCCCAGGUCGUGUCUCCAUUAGUCUCUCCUGGUGGGUCACCUGUUGAGCCUCAGCUAUGUCUUCUAGUGUGUUACGCAGCCCUAGGCACGAUAGGCUAUCAUUAGCCGUGCUGAUUGGAAGUCCUAGUGCAGUUUUUAUAAGUCGUCUGAUUAAAGUGUUUAGCUUGUUCUUAUCAGCCUAUGUCCAUUGUAGCAUGCCUGCCAUGUACGAGAAGUGGCAAAAGGCGAAUUCGUGUACCAAUUUUAUGGCACUGUCUUCUCCUAGCCCCUUAUGCCUGUUGGUAACUCUACGCAGAAGCCUAAUUACUUCUUCUGACUUGGUAGAGAUAUGUAGUAUCAUCAUGCAAUUAGAUCCAUUUGCUUGCAGGAGAAGUCCUAGCACUCUAAUAGUCUACACCAGCCUGAUUGGUUCUCCAUCCUUGGCGUAUAUGUCAAUGCGAGGUUCUUCCUCUGGGAUAUGUCCGUUCGGCGCCCAAGCUUACUGCUCCGUAGUCCCAAUAGUUCUGAUUUUUCAGCAGAGCAGUUCAGUCCCAUUCCCCUCAAGUAUUGUUUCCACCACAUAAAUGCUUUCCUGUAGUUUGGUAUCUAUUUGUCCCAUAUUACCUUCGACACUCCAGAUUGUUACAUCAUCUGUAUGUAUUGCAAAGUGGAUACCCUCAACCUCCGCGAGACCUCGAGCCACUUUUGACAUUGCCAAAUGAAAUAACAUAGGAUAUAGGACAGACUAUUGUGGUGUCCCAUGGUUCCCAAGUUCCAGGGUUGUCGAUCGGAGUUCGCCUCACCUGAGACAAGCAGAACGGCCACCGAGAAAGGCUUUGACUAUAUUGUGCAAUCACUUACCCAAUCCCAUCUUCGAGAGGAUAUACAAUAUCGCCCUGUGCUUGAUGCGAUCAAAGGCCUUUUCUACAUCUAGGCCUAGUAGAGCUCUCGUAUGUAGCGGGCUAGGAAGAAUAAAGUGAUGUUGCAUUAAAAGCAUUGCAUCUUGAGUCGAAAGUCCAGGACGGAAACCAAUCAGGUUAUGUGGAAGAACAUUUCUGUUUUCUACAUACUUAAUCAGUCUAUUGAGUGACAUGCUCCAUGGUUUUGCCCAGACAUGUUGUUAACAAUAUGGGUCUUAGGUGAUCUAGACUGAGUUGCUUGCCUGGUUUGAGAAUAAGAAUUGUGCUAUCAAUUUUCCAUUCCUUCGUAUGAUCACCGUUUUUCCAGAGUUCGUUGAAAUACUCUGGUAAAUAUUUUAUAGAAUCAUCGUCCAGAUUUUCAGCAGCCUAUUGGAAAUGCCAUCUGGACCGGCAGCGGAUCUACUGUUGAGGUCGUACAGGGCUGCGCGAACUUCGCUUUCUGUGAAGCGUUGAUCCAUAGGCUCAGUCUUCCCCUGUAUAUUCAGGCUGGUCUUUGCUCUCAUUGCUAUCCUUUAGUGGUAAAUACUUAGAGGCGAGCCGAUCCAGAAUAUCCUCCUCCGUUGUGUCCUGGCUCUCACGAAGGACGAGUCGCGCUACUGCUGUUCUCCUAUUAGAUUUCGUGUCGUUCUCAUGAAGCAAAUGUCUAAGUAAGUUCCAAUUUCCACCACGUUUGAUUCGUCCAUCUAUGGAAUUACAAAGCUCAUCCCAUUGUUCUUUCUGUAAAUUUCUGGAGUGUUCUUCAAUCUCCCUGUUCAACAAUGCUACGCGCUUCCUGAGUCUUCUGUUCAGCCGUUGCGUUUUCCAACUUUUAACAUAGACUGUUUGGCUUCAAUCAAGUGCGCCAGCCUACCGUCCACUAUUUCGAUAUCCUCCUCUGUGGUACUAUCCUUCAUUGCCGCCUUUACAUCUUCCCUGAGCUGAGUGGUACAAGUUUGGAGUGUUUUUUUUCCCUGUCUCUGUCUCAGUUCUGUUUUCCUUGCUUUCCGAAAAAGAUCCCAGUCAGUGUAGUUAAAGUGCUUUAUCUCAUUACUUGGUGUUUCCAAUAGUAUUUGUAAUAUGUAAUGGUCACUACCCAGGUCAAUAUUGGAGUUAUUCCCGCCAGCGUUCACUAAAUUUGAUACAAAAGUAAGGCCUGGGGUGGAGUCCCUGCAUGUAGAUGUGCCACACCUAGUGGGAUAAGCUGGGUCAGUGACGAGGGAGAGAUUAAGAUCUUUAGCUAGGUGCCAGUGUCCAUCCCUUUUCUUAGUAUUCCAGCAAUAUCCCCAGGUUUCUAACAGCAAUAGCCUUAUUAACAAGUGCCCCGAAACUCUGUUUCAUGUCGCUAGGGCUGCUAUAAACAUUGAGACAAAACAGGCUUUGUGGUUUGCUUCUAUUCCUGUUCAAAAUUAUUUCCACAACUAAGUAUUCUAAUUUGUUUAGUCCAAGGCGCAAGUCGUGUUCUGUGUAUGGUAUUUUCUUAUCUACGAGCGUGGUUAUCCCCCUACCCGGCUCUUUGCCUCUGCAUGUCACUUUUUAUCGGGAUAGGCUGAUCUCAUUCGCCAAGGUUUUCUGUGGUAUAAUUAUUUUAGGUUUGUCUGGAGAGGUUUUUAUUAACUGCAUGAGAGGUGCUUUUUUGUAAUAAAAUCCUCGGCAAUUCCUUUGCCACAAGGUAAAGCUCCCCCUGCUAGCCAUUGCUUAUGGAACCCGCUUUACUGCUACCCGCUAGAGUACGCUUCGCAGAACCCCCCGCUACUUUGGUAAGCCACUUUUCAGUCGUCAGUCUUCAUUUCCAUAACUUAUCAACUUCGAAGGCAGCUUUAUCUAAGGCAUAGCUAUGUUGUUUAUUCACCUCCUUGAUCUCUUCCAAAACAGAGCACACUGUCGUUUUUACUGGGCUCAUUGCCCGUUUCUUUUUAGCUGGUGUGUUUUUUUCAUCCCGAUUGUUGUCAUUAUUCAUCGGUUUGGCGAUUGCUACUUUGUGGAGCUAGUCUGCGAGUUCUUGCGAAGUUCUACAACCUGCUUAGUAAGUUUUUCAUUUGCCUUUCUCAGAUAUGUUACUUCUUUAAUUAGCUGUUCUAUCCUGGCAUCAUUAUCUCCGACCGGCAGCCCCGCACCGCUCUCCGCAGCCUUCACAGUACCUUUCACUUUGUCAGCCCAGGCUGUUCCAGAUGACGUCUUGUCGCGAGGCAUCUGCCCUCCUCCUUAGAAGCGCACCUGAACUUCACGUGAUCUGGAGCGGCUUCUGCCCUUCGACAGCGUGCGGCGUCUUGACCGUGUGGGACUCCUUGAGCGCGUGCGCCCCCUGUGGCCCAUUUGGGCAAUACCAUUGCAGCUGAGCUGAUGUCGCCCCCGAUGCAGAUCUGUUGCGCUCUCGUCGUCGAAUUCGCACCACGUAUGGAAUUUGUACCACUGUCGGCAAGUCUUGUCCCCAAUUGGGUCAUCACUCCACAGAAUUUGCAGUUAAGCGCACACAUGUGAUUGUCCUCCGGGUUUUGAGUUCUACAUCCUCUGCACUGUACCACAUCCGGUGUAGGACAUACAUCUGAUCAAUGUCCAAUCUUUCCGCAAGCAUAGCAGAUAUCAAACUGCUUCUUGUACAGGUAGCGCCUUACAAGGGUCGACCCGUAUCUGACAUAAUUGGGUACCUUGAGCCCAUGAAACAGAACAAUGACCGAGCCCGUCGAUUUAAUACGUUCGGCUCUCAAUGCCAGUGGGUUAAAGUAAUGCACAAUGUUCUUCGUUAUCGUGGUCUUAUUGUCUCUGAGGUCAACUCUCGAAAUCACCCCUUUACACGUGGUAUGCGGAGCUGUCUCGUAAGCGUUAACUUCAUAUUCCGUUUCCAAUAUAAUUAUUGACCUGAUUCGCACAUACCUGGCAGAAUGACCAAGAUCUGGUGUACUAACCACCACGAUGUUUCGCGUGAAGUCAGGGCCAACGACAUCCUCUCGGGCUUGUUGCGGAGUCAGGCCCGAUGCUUCAAUAAUCGCCACGCCUAUCGCAGCAGUGCUCACUUUGCUCAAGUUGAGACAUCCUCAUGGGCAGAUGAUGAUUUUGCUGUGCUCCUCAGACAAUUGGGGCAUCUGUUGCCUUGACAAUCCGGUUUUUGAACAUAGUGGUUGUAGGUCCCUUGUUCUUGCUGCUGUUGCCUUGCUCUUGCUGGCUCUGCGACGACGUUUUCCCAUCGCCAGCAAUCCAUGUGGUGGAGCUAAAUUUUCCGCUUGUCAGAAUUUGCCAACCUAGAUCUUCCUCAUUCUCUUCUAAUUCAGUAGCGUCUUCAUCUUCCAUGCGCGUUUACGCCAUUGCGGCCCGGCGGGGCCUGUAGGCCUACUUGUGUCUUGCACAAAGAUGGGGAAGUCCAAAAAUGGACGUCCCAUCUUAAAGAAAGGUGUCCGCCAAUUCCCGGUGACUUCACGAAUCCAGUGAUGUGCUUGAAUCCGUGAUGGUGGUAAAGAUGGCUGCACAAACAUUCAAAAACGAUGGAGCCGAUGUGAGGGACGUCCGCACCUCGGCUUCUUUUCCUUCCUGUGGGGGUGGUCCAAAAAAGUUUUUGAUCGAUCGCAGAGGGCUGAUUGCAGAGUUGGAAUAGAAAAGUUUGGAAAAGCUUUACGGUAUGGAGCCCUAGUUCAGGCGCAUGAAAAGAAUUCUUUCACGCGCCAUAAGAUUUGAACUGAAAAUUUAUAAAUAGCUAUUGGAUUUUGCUGUAAAAUAUACGGAAUGAAUUUCGCAUAUUGUCCGUACGUACGUACUGCGUGUACAUGCUUGUUUUUGCAUCAUGAAAUACAAAAUGAGAUGUACAAAAAACAUAUGGAAGGCGGGAGAUGGAAAUUCAAGAUGAUGAGCAAAACGAGGACAAAGUAAAAGCGGCAGCCAACGUUUCGACAAGUGGACUUGUCAUGUCACCUUGAAAAAGACAAGUCCACUUGUCGAAACGUUGGCUACCGCUUUUACCUUGUUCGUGCUUCGCUCAUAAAAUGAGAUGCAGCAGCAUGGCGGUGCCUUUGCGGCUGCCACUUUAUUUUGCUCAGCUUUGUCUCUAGAAUUAUAAUACUGUCUGUAUAAUAACUAUAACUAAAACUAUAAUAACUCUAGGCGCCUCCAAGACUUAGGAUUUGAUGAUAUUUUGUCAUAUACAUCGUGUUUCAUGCUCCGCCUCUAUCGAUCCACUCCUGUGCACAAUUUCGUCACCGGCAACAGCAAGAAAGCAACAGACAAACAAACAUAUGCAAUGCAAGCAGUAAUAAAAACGAUACAUAUAAUGAGGCUUAUAGCGCGUGAAAAGACAAGGACGAACGAAAACGUGACACGCACAGAUGCUGGAAGACGUGACACACGCAGGACAGAUAUAAGCAUUUAAACUUCAUUAUGAAUGGACGCUAAAUACAUUGUUCAGCUUUUUAACAAAUAUCAUGUCUUCUGGCAGAUACAGCGCCUUGCAAGUUAUUGCAAUGACGACUGGCUAAGGCAAGAUUCGCGAGUAAUUAGAAGUACACGGGAGCAUAAGUAAGCUCUUUAAGACGGCUGAUCUUAGUGAGAGAAAAAAAUACGAUGGGUAGGCUGUGUAUGUAAGACAAUGCCAAUGACGCGUGACUGCGAUAAAAAAAAAGUGCUAGUGCCAACAGUCUUUGCUGCCUGAGUGAUGGAAUAUUAAUGAUGCUGACUUUAUUCCUUCCUAUAAAUCCGGCAGCUUUAUUUCAAUAGUCUGGCCCAAAAAUUAAGUACAUUCGAUUAUGGUUCUGUAUAACUGACGCACAUUCUAAGUGAGAGCGAAUAAGAGAGUGUGUUCUGUUUAUCCUGCUGUGACAUGCGGCUAGUGUAUGCAGUAACUAUAGCUCUGACGACUGAUGAAUGAAGUGUUUUGAAUAUUUUGUAGUUAUAGCCGUAUUAGUUAUGUCCGUAUUUCCUGUGAGGUCUCCAGAUAGUUGCAUGCCUAAGGUCUUAACUGAAAAAAAAAGCAUUCAAUUGGUAUAUCAUGCAAGCACCGUGCAAGAUAUUAGGGAUAAUCGUAAUUGGCUGCACUGUUAUUUUAGAAGCUCUCAUUUCCGUUUGCUAUUGAUCCCACCAACCAGCGAUUUUGUUGAGCUGCCUUUGCGAACAAUAUUACCCGCUGCGGAGGCUUAGCGGCUAUGGUGUUGCGCUGCUAAGCACGACAUUACGUGACCCAAUCCCGGCCGCGGGGACUGAAUAUCGAUGGGUAUGAAUGCAAAAAACGCCCGUGUUCCGUGCAUUGGGGACACGUUAAAUAUCCUCUAGUGGUCAAAAUUAAUUCGCAGUGCCUCAUAAUCAAAUCGUGGUUUUGGCACGUAAAACCCCACAAUUCAAUUCAAACAAUGUUCUCGUCAUGGUUAGAAAUGUGUCUGUGAAUCGCACAGUCGUCAGCAAAUAAGUAAGUUGGUAGUGCAAGGUUUUUACUUUCGUCGUUGUUGUAGGCCGAAGUAAUGCCGGUCGCUGUACGGAGUCUUGCGCUACACCGGGCAUGAUAUAGAGUAGUAUUCAUUGACAGGAAGAAAUUGAGAACGGUCAGUCACCACCUAGUAAAUCAGUUCCUGAUGUUUGCUUAUUGUCAAACAAGUAUAAGUGACCGUGUCAAGUGCUGUCAAGUCAUGCUGAGCCGCGUCCUUGUCAUUCACUUUGCUGGCCUAUUCCUCGUGCCUUCUCUUGAAAGCUGCGUCUGUUUUCUCGUCUGUCUUCGUCUGAAUGUCGUUCUUCUCGUGCACAUGAACGGGAAUUUUUAUUGACAUUUGUAUAUUUAGCAGAAGUAUAAAUAAACCAUACUUGGCAUA